AUACCCGUUCACAUGACAACUCUGUGAAGCAGUUUUCAAAAGUUCCUAUUACUAUGCAUUUUUGAUUUUGAAGUUUUUUGAGCAGUUACUUGUGUUAUCGUUAUCUGUUAUCGACUGCCUUUGUUAUCAAUUAUUUUUUCAUACGUUUCUCAAGCUAUCACAAAACACACGUUCAAGCUAGACGACAGCCGGUAAAUAUAUACGUUUGAUUUGGGUAUUUGCCAUUGAAGCAGUUUAAUUCAUCGGGUUAGGGUGCAUGUUUUACUUUCGUUAAACUUGCGGACUAAAAAUCUGUCCAUUUGUUGUCCCUAAUAUAAUAACAUACCGGUUCCACUUUAUUUUGACUGAAUUUUAAAAUUUACUGAACGUAAUCGCAUUUCGUUCGUAAGAUAAAAUUAUGGAAGGUCUGCCGUUUUUGCCAGGAAAUGCCUUUAAAGACCCUACGCAAACCAAUUUUCACCUAUCUCACACUCUGGAUAUGAAAAAUGGUUUACGAUAUGCGAAAGCCUACCCAGAAGUUGGGAUUGGUGGUCGUCCUUUGAAAGUCAACCAGCUAAACGAGGAAGAAUUAGACGAAUUAGCAAAUUUUCAGCCGACUUUAACUUAUGGAAGGACGAAACAGUCGCUUGUUUCUGAAUUCAUUCCUGCCCACGUCGCGUUUUAUAAUAAAGUCCUUCGAUUCUAUGGAUAUUUCAAAGAAACAGUUAACGAAUCACAAGUUGAGCACUACAGAGUCCGGCUGGUUCAGAUAUUGUACUUCCUAGAGGACGACAGCAUGUUGGUGAUGGAACCCCCACAAAACAAUAGUGGUAUACCUCAAGGAAAAUUAGUUUGUAGACAUAGAAUUCCAAAGAAUGAUAUCGGGGAUUGUUACAAUUGGCGUGAUCUGAAUCUUGGUACAAAUCUGGCUAUAUAUGGUCGAGUUUAUCGCAUUACAAACUGUGACAAGUUUACAAAGGACUUUUUAGAGAGCGAAGGAGUUAUUGUGAAUGAACCUGAACAGGAACCAAUAGAUCCAUAUUUGGCUGAGAGAGCUAAACGUGAAGCUAUAGCUCUUGGCAAAACACCUUCAUCCUUUGAUAAACGACGUCAGUAUCUCGAACUUGACCGUAAGGUUUUACGAUUUUACGCCGUACAGGAUGAACGACAUGAAAUGUUUGGUGAAUGUCGUAAAUUUAUUAUACAUUAUUAUUUAGCUGAUAACACUUUGGAAAUACGUGAAAUUCAUACAGCGAAUGAUGGUCGUGAUCCAUUCCCCUUAUUAUUGAGACGUCAAAGAAUACCAAAAUGUGAUACUAUCCCUCAAUCAUUUCCAAGUGUCAGUAUGGAAAUAACUGAAAAUGAAGUGAAAGAAUAUUUCUCACCGAAAGAUUUUCAUGUUGGUCAAUCAGUUAAUAUUCUUGGUCGGAAAUAUUUAAUAUAUGAUUGUGAUAAUUUUACAAAAGCAUGGUAUCAUAAUAAUUUUGGAUUAACAGAAUUUACUCCAUUAGAUAUAGAAAUUAAACAACCGGAAUUACCGAAAAAGGAAAUUCCACCAUAUAAUGGAUUUGGAACAAUUGAAGAUAGUUUAGUUUCUACAAAAUCAUUCAUUUUAAAACCUCCAAAAGUUGAUUUCGCAAAACAGGUGGAUUAUGCACAAAAAGUGUUAAGAUAUGAAGCUCGUUUAGAUAGUUUUCGACCUGAAGAUGCAUAUCGACGAUUUAUCAUAUCGUAUCAUCUGGCUGAUGAUAUGAUAUCAAUUUUUGAAACUCCGAUAAGAAACUCUGGUUUCCUUGGUGGGACAUUUCUCAAAAGAUCAAGAGUUAUGAAACCUGGAAGUACAUUAGAUAAUCCAAUUUAUUAUGGUCCUAUAGAUUUUUCAAUUAAUUCAAAAAUUGAUAUAUUUGGUACACGUUUCAUUAUAACCGAUGCUGAUGAAUAUGUUCUUAAAUUUCUUGAAGCUAAUCGUGAUCAAUUUUCUGAUGAAUUAAUUAAUGGUUUACAUGAACAUUUAAAUAAUAAAGAAAAUCAAACAACAAUUAAACAACAGUUUCAUCAUAAAGGAGGUAAUGUUGACUUUAAACGAGAAGAUGGUGAUAUUAACGAUAUUAUGAAUGAAGUCAGAAUGCAAUUAAAGAAAAUGUCAAUAACAGAUAAAUGUAGAAUUGAUGAUAUGUUUCUUACAUAUAAUAAAGACAGACGUGGUUGUAUUGACAUUGAAAAUUUGAAAGACAUGUGUAAGAAAAUCCACAUUCCGCCAGAUGAGGAUGUACUCAAGGCGUUACUUGAUAAAUAUGGUACUGAAGGAAAAAUGUCACUAGAACAAUUUGGAAGAUUUUUUGAACAACCAUAAUUAUAAUGAACCAUGAAUAGUACUUAUAAUGAAAUAAACUUUUUGCAGUUGUUUGUCUGUAGUAGAAGAGUUGAAUGAGAUAUAACUAACUUCUAAUUUUUCUUUAAGAUAGUUGAGUUCAUAAAACAAAACAAAUUUAAUAUACAUAACCAUAUAUGUAUGCCAUUUUUUGUACAAGUCAGUUUAUUAUCACAUCAUUUGCAAUUGAUGAAAUGCCAAUAAUCAACAAGGCCAAAAAUUGGAUUGAGAAGAACGAAUAAAUUAGUCUGUCCAGAAGCUAGGAUAACCUAUCUAGGCUUGACAUAGAGCCCAGCCACUAAAAAUUGACCUGGAACCUAAGAUUUCAUUUGUUUCUUAACCCUGAUUUUAAUUGAUGAAUCGUCUUUAUCUGUAACAGAAUUACAUUAAAACUAGCCAAUUAAGCCUAAAGAAACGUUAUUCGUCCUAUUUUCUCUUGGUAGUUGUUUCCAACCUUAUAACAACUUGGUGAGAUUGCAAUACAUGGACGACCUUUGAGCGACGCUGAAGUGACCUUGAGGGUGAACACGUACUGAUUAGGAAUAAAUGAGGGUUAUAAAGCAGUUAGAAUUCUCAUUAAAAGUUGAUGGUCAGGGUUAGAAAUUAGACUUGGGGUCUUCCUCACGAACGGGCAUCAGCUAUAAUGCCAAAACUCUAUUUAGCCAAAUGUAUGAGUGAAUUUCGCGCCAAAAUUCGUGACUCCUUAUCCCAUAUCUAAUUGGUUCGUAAAUAAAUUAUAGUCUCGCCGACAACUGUGAUAUCCACAAAAUGCCGCACAAAGAGAAAAGUGUUCACUACAUUAGUUUUCUACUACUAGCAGUUCAAAUUGUGACAAAAACUGCUUACAUGGUAGCAAAUACGACUUCGUGAUGCGUAAUAAAACUUACUUUUUAAUACCUGUUACCACUAGUGGGGGAGCAUAGACCGACAACCAGCAUUCUCCAUUCCAAUAUGACCUGGACAAUCCCCUCCACUUGUUUCCAUUUGACACUCAUACCUUUGAUGCACACUUCCACACACACCCAAAACAAUGGUUAUUUAGUCUUUUAUUUUUCCAUUUCCCUUCAGAGUUCCAUGUUAAUGCUUAUUUCGUGAUGCAGUUUGAUGAUUUCCACAAUGUGUGUCCCAUCCACUAACAACGUCUUUCCCUAAUUUUCCCCUCAAUAAGAUGUUGGUUUAUUUUCGCACACAGUAGGCUAUUGCUGAUGAUAUCCGAUAAAAGGAUAAUUAGUGUGUUGCGUAGACAAUUGUUUGCAAAUACUUGUACAUUUUCGAUGAUGGUUGUGGUAGUUCUCCAUGUUUCAGUUCAGUACAAUGGGAUUGUCUUGACGUUCGUAUUGAAGAUUCUGAUUUUGAUAAUCGCUUGUAGACAGUUGUUUUGGUUUCGAGAUGUUGUUCCACAGUAGGAAUGUGAUCCCUGCCUUUACGUCUGCAUUGGAUCCUCAAUUGUUCAUCGAUGAUUUUGAAAAUAUCAUGUCUGUGAAUGUUUCCACCUGUUCCAGAGUUUCUCCAUCAAGUUUGUUUGGUGUUGUCUGUGUUGUAGUUGAGGAUCUUUCCUUUACACAUGUGAAUGUUGAGGCCUAGUGAUUCAGAGGCUGCUGCUGCUACUCUGGUUUCCUUGACCUGCAUUUGUUAUUAUAUAUGCGAUGAAAUGGUGAGGUCAUGUUCGGUGUCCAAAUCAUCUAGCUGUAUACAAGUUGUCCAUGCACGACUCUGCAGUGAAGUUCGUCGUAUGUAAUCUGUCUGAUGUUGACGAUGUUCUCAGCUACUCACACUGUAGUGUGGAAGAUGAUUCCAUAACUUCCUAGUAUUCACACUGUCAAACGAUUUCUCAUAGUCAAUGUGGUUGAUGUUUGGUGACGAGUCGCACUCAAUUGAUUGUUCGACGGUGAUAUGUAUUGUGCCCAUUUGGUCUGUGCACGAUUGAUCCUUAUAGAAUCCGACCUGUUGAUGUGGAAGUUGAGUGUCUACUGAAUCUUUCAUCAGGUUCAGCAACACUCUGUUGAAAACGUUUCCUCGUACCGAUAGUAUUGUGGUGCCUCUUUAGUUCUCACACCUGUUCAAAACUACAUUAUUUGGUAUCUUGAUGAGAUAUCCUUCUUUCCAAUCUGUUGACACUUCUUCUUCCUUCCAAAUCUUCCUAAAUAGUACGUAGAGCAUGUUUGUAUUCAAUUCAAUGUCUGACGUUUGUGCUUUAGAUGGUAUGUUUUCAGGACCAACUGCUCUCCCAAUAUUGAUCUGUGUGAUGGCCUUCCUGAUCUCUUCGAUCGUUAGUGGAGUGACAUUUUUUGGAGUGUCUGUAGGCGCUUCUUUGAUGUCAGGAGGACCCAAUGUAGCUUACCUAUUCAAGUGUCCCAACCCUGUGAUCCUCUGAUUUUGAAUCACAUUGAGUGGGUUGCCUUCGUUGUCCUUGUCUAGCCUUUCCGGUUUACUAUAUUUCCCUGCUAGUUUCUUCGUUGUAUCACAUAGUCGCUUCAUAUUUCCUUCUCUUGCAGCUUUUUCUUUUCGUUGCUAAAUCUUCCACCUAUUUCUGCUUGUCAACUCUAUUGCCAUUCUUCACUUGCUUGUUUGCUGCUAUAUAUUCAGCUUGUGCCUUGACCUUCUCUGUUCUUGUUCGGCAGUUGUUAAUUGCUGCGUCCUCGUUCUUCCUUUCAUGAAUCUUGUUCAGGGUUCCAAUGAAGAUCCAUACCCUACGAUGAUGCUUCUUGCAGCCCAGCACCUCCUGACAUGUUGAAGUUAGUUCAUUUUGAUCUUUUUCCAAUUGUCCUACACAGUAGUUUUAUCUUCUUCCAGUAGAUCUUGUAAGGCCUAGAACCUGUUGUUGAGAGUUAUCUUGAAUUGGUUGAGUCUGUCAGCAUAUGGAGUGAAGACUUUAUUGAACGUUUAUUCUGCUGUUUGUCUAGAUUUCUAAUGCUUCUUUAGCUUCAGUUUCAUCUUGGCAACCACCAGGUGUUGAUCUGAAGCUAUGUCAGUUCCUCUCCUGGUUCACACGUCUUCUAUUGACCUUGUGAAUUUUCCAUUAAUGCAAACAUUAUCUAUCUGGUUCUGUGAAGUGUGAUUUGGUGAGAUCCAUGUAGCUUCGUAUAUGCAUUUGUGUGUCAAUAUUAAGCCGCCUAUAACUAAUUUGUUGAAUGCACAUAGAUUUGCAAAUCUCUCUCCAUUCUCGUUUCUAUCCCCCAGUAAGUCCAUGUUGUCCCAUGAUAUCUUCAUAUUCCAUGUUGUCCAUUCCGACUUUGGCGUUUAAAUAUCCCAUCAGAAUGGUGAGAUCCCUUCUGGGGCACUUCGCUAUGAUUGAUUGCAGCCUCAAGGAGAACCGGUCUUUAUUUUCAUCGUUGCUAUCAUUGGUGGGUGCAUAAAAUUGCAUAACAUUCAUCGUGAUUCCCUCCCUCUUUUUGUUGAAGUAUGCCUUGAUUAUCAUAGGUCCAUGAGAUUCUCAUCCUAUAAGUGCAUUACAUGCUCCCUGGGUGAGCUGAGGAUUCUCUUCUUCAUGGCCAGAGUACAGCAGCACUUAUCCCGAAUCUAACCUUUUCUGUUCAGCUUGGGUAUAAUGGUUUUCACGGAUUUCGAUAACCGUCAAGUUGUAUCUCCCAUUUUCAUAGCUAGUUGAUUGGUCCUCCCGAUCUCUCACAUUGUCCGAACAUUCCAUGUACCUAUAUUAAUCGUUGCUCUGGUCGUCAAAAGGGACAUCAGCCCCGUGAUUUCCAAAGGAUGUCGGCUUUCACCAUAAGGCGCCAUAAUUCUUCUGGGCGGAGAUCCUUCAACUCGGAGGACAGAGUUUAAAUGGUUUAAUUUGUUAAUUCUAGUUAUCGUUUUUUAGUAAGGUUGUUUUCUAUGGUAUGAGGUUGCUGGCCUCAUACCCAACCCUCCUCCUUUACACGGGCUUGAGACCGGCAGUAACCUUAAGAGUUGCAUAAUAAAAACAGCAAACUAAAAGUAAAGUUAACAACCAGAUAACAUUAAAGGCCGCUAGUGUAUUGUGAAUUUAAAAUACUACCGAGGAUGUGUUAAUUCGUCGAAAGUAAGGUAAUCCUAGUUAUAACUGUAUGAUAUAAAAUAAAGUAG